CCCGUCGGCUCCAUGGCAGAUCGCGAUCGACUCGACCACCCGUGUAUACAGCAACUCGGUCUCAGCCCAGCGCCACCGGUUGUUUCCGGAUACAGGCGUCAGAAAACCAUCAUCCCAAGUGGCCGAUCCGACAUGCCGCCUUCCAAACCGGACCCGAUCUCCCGCCCUGCAACGACGGAGAUCCGAUCCCUGAACCAGGCGGACUCCUCGACUGGCCGCCCUGUGUCAGUCUUCGAUAGGAUAAAACGUCUACCGUCAGAUUCACUCUAUGAAGAGACCUUUUGGCCCUCUCAUCCGAAUGAAAAGUCAGUUUCAAAGGCAGUUGAAGUCGAUGAAGUCAAGGAAGAUCUAAUGGAUCCAGAUGAAGUCAAGGAAGAUCUAAUGGAUCCAGAUCUAAUGGAUGAAGCUUAUUUGCGUUCGAUUGCACCCGAAAUUGAUAAAAGUUUAUAUACUGAUAUAACAUUUUGUCGGGUUUGUGAGUUGGAAAAUGAACACCUGUCGCGUCGAUGCCCGUUCUUUGAGCGUAUCCCAAACCCUCGAAACACGCAUGUUGGAUUUACAUAUACGAUCGUCUGCAAGUGUUGCGAUCGCCCUCGGCAGGAUUACCACUCUGAUGAUGACAAAUGGGAAGGGAAAGCAGUGAAUGAUCCUGCUGCUACAAUAUUUUUACGCGGCCACGAUGAAGAUCCUCAUGCUCCGAUAAUGGAUUGUACGAAAACCGAAACGCUCAAGUCAUUCCUCAUCAAAAAUCCAGAAUUUCGCAAAUUAUAUCAAAGCCCCAACAACUUUACAGAUGGAAGUAUGUGGGUUUGCCGUUAAGUUAAUUACAUCUGUCAAGUGCAAACUGUGAUUUCAAUACUUGGAGAAUGAUCACGUGCUAAUGGUAUGUAGUUUGGAUUCCUUCUAUGGGAUUUAUAAAUAUUAUCACUAGAAGUUAUGUAAAAUGUUUAUGCGUCUUCUUUGAUGUCUGGAUUAAUUUUAAUUUAUCAGUUUUGUCCCUUUUUCUUUUUUUUC